AUGCCGCGUCGCCAGGAGCUGUCCACUCGGAUGUUGGUGCUGAUCCUGAGCGGCGUUCUCGGCGGCGGCUCCGGCACUCGAGUUUUGAGCGGUCAGACAGUGUGCUAUGGUGGCCCAGAGUACCCCUGCUACAAGAUCGCCUACUUCCAGGACCUGAGCAGGCGCAUUGGCUUUGAGGAGGCGAGUCAGGCUUGUGAGAUGGAUGGGGGAGCCCUUGUCAGUAUCCGCUCAGCCACUGAACAGCGGCUAAUCGAGAGCCUCCUGCAGGACCUCACCAAAUCAGGGUCUGGGCUUUCAGAUGGAGAUUUCUGGAUUGGAUUGAGGAGGAGCAAUGAGGGCCAGUCCCACAACGCGUUCAGUGGAUGCCCUGACCUCUACAGAUGGACAGAUGGAAGUGCGGCAAAGUUCAGGAACUGGUAUGCUGAUGAGCCUUCGUGUGGCAGUGAGGCAUGUGUAGUGAUGUAUCACCAACUGACCGCUCAGCCUGGGCUGGGAGGCCCCUACCUCUAUCAGUGGAAUGAUGACAGGUGUAACAUGAAGCACAAUUUUGUCUGCAAGUAUGCCUCAGAAAACCUCAUGACUAAUGAAUCCGAAGAACACGUGACGUCAGAUUAUGUUUCAGAAAACGUGUCCAUGGGUCCAGAAGUCAAGGUUCACGUGCCCAGUAAUUCCGCUGAUGACCAACACCAUAUGGUUGUGACAGAAUCAUCAGGGAUAAUGCCCAAUGUGGUGUACGUCAUCAUUCCCACAAUUCCACUGCUGCUGUUGUUGGUGGUUGCCCUGGCAACCUGCUGCAUCCAGAUGCUGAGCAGAAGCAAAGACCGAUCGAAGAGCAGCCCAAACGAGUCGACUCUCUGGAUAUCCACAGCUCCAAAGAAGGAGAACCUUGCUGAUGUUUAGUAACCUGCAGCCUGGACUUAAUCCCAUGGAUAAAGAGUCAGGCAGCAACGUUAGUAACACACCCACACAAAACCAACCAUCCGACAAGCUGAUUACAGACUUCUGAGAGAAUGCAAACAGAGACAAGGCAGGUCUGAGAGAGACCAAGGACUAUUGAACCAGAUCAUCAACAGAAACAAGAAAACAAAACCCCCUUUCCUGUUGUCAAUUUUUCUUUUCACUGCUGUGUUCCGGAUGGACUUUAGAGAAAGGCAGAAGAGAUGCAGUCGUUGAGGGGAAUGUUAAUGGAAGCAAUGGGUGCUGUUAGUACACAGCUUUUGGACAAAUUACAAGUGGCGGACAAAACCAAGAGACAGGUCAGGGUUCUAAUCUGGAGGUUUUGGCAGGAAAUUGACUGCCUAGGGAUUUGAAAACUCAUUUCACUCGGGGAUGUAGAGUGGAGGGGUGGUGUGGAAUGAGGCAGAAAACAUGCUCCUGAGGAGCAGCAGUGAAUGGCCUUAAAUUGAUGAAGUGUUAUCAUUACUACAAUGUCAAGCUUCUGGUGAAGAUGCUAUGGUCAAUGACGCUGGACACAAGUGACUAACAGAAAGUAGGUAAUGCAGUUCCCCUUCUCUACAAAAUAUGAUGGCUUCCAGAGAAAAGACAAAUCAACUCUCAUUUGCUUCCCUCCGAUUGUCCAGAAUGAGUAUUCCCAUUUUUGGCAUGUUUGCUCUUGUUUACUUGAAAUUCUACUUUUUUUUGUGCUGGGAAGAUAUUAAGAAAGUUUGGGGUGAGGGGGAGAGAAUGGUAACUUUUUUUAUUUGGAUUGCGUGAAGAAGUGAACUGUUUAUAGUUUUCACUCUAGUUGGCAAUGAUGGUAAAUUGGGCCAGUUUUGGUUUGAACGAUGCCAUGAUUAGCAUGUGCUAAGAUUGUCAACCAUGCCAACCUCAUUUAAAUCACAUGGUAAUCUAAUACCUGACAUAGACAGUGCCCCAUUUUUGGCACCAGCAUUGUGAUCAAUUAUUGGAUCUGGAGAGUUGACUUAUCACCUACGCUGAGGACUUUUUUCUACUCUCUAUAGUCAACCAUCAGCCUAAUCAGUAGUGUUACCCUACUUCCACCUCUAUAAAAUCAUCUGCCUCUGCUCCACCUCAGCUAUUCUCCUGUUUAAACCCUCUUCCAUAUUGUCUUUGUUGGCUCCGCACUCAAUUAUUUUACAGAUCCCCUGGCCUGUUUCCCACCUUGCACCAUUCUUGAACUUGAACUCAUCCAAAAUGCUUUUAAGCAUUUCCUAUCUUGGACCAUGUUUCUUUUACCCAUCACCUACAUUGGCUCCCAGCCUGGCUACUUGACUCCAAAAAUUCUCAUCUUUGUUUUCAAACCCUUUUGUGAUCUUGGCCUGCCUAUCUCUAGCCUCCUCCAUCUCAGAAACCUUACCAGAUCUCUGUGCUCCUCCUAAAUGUAUCCUCUUACUUAUCCUUGAUAUUUAGUCUAUCAUUGGUGACUGUGCAUCCAGGUAUGACUAUUCAUAGCUCAGCAAUUCCCUCCUUACAUUUCUCCCCAUCUCAUUUCCUUUAAGAUGCUUCUUAAGUCUC